AUGGACUCUUCUCCUUCCACCAGGGCACCGCAAUUGCCCCUGGAGCCCGAGCAGCAGCGCUCCGAGCAGACGCGGAAGCCCUCGCUGCUCCCCGCCUUUGAACCGCUCUCGUCAUCACCCUUCCCGCGUCCCAGCUCGUCGAAGCGCAAGCUCGACGCGGACUCUCCCACUCACGCCAGGCACCACCUGAAGUACUAUCCUACGCCUGUGCCUACUUCGUCGACUGGCAUUUUGGCAUCCUCGUCGCCUCAGAAGAGGCUCGCUUUCGAUCGUACCAUCUCCGCCCUCUCGGAGCGGCAGCCGCUCGGGGCUGUGCCGACAGUCGACCUACCCGCGAAUGGUGAUAUCGUUCGAAUGGGCAGGUCUUCCAACUCGUCUGACUAUCAGUUGUCCGCAAAUCGCCUGAUUUCGCGUGUUCACGUCCAAGCCGCGUAUUACGCUCCGACCGCGUCUUACCCGAAUGGGUAUAUUGAGCUGGAGUGCAUAGGAUGGAACGGUGCAAAGGUUCACUGCGGAGGCAAUGUUUUCGAAUUGAACAAGAACGACACGUACGUGUCAGAGAAUCCAGGGCAGGAAAUCAUGCUGGAUGUUCAAGAUACUCGCGUCUUGAUCGCGUGGCCUCUCGUUCCGGCGAAGCCUUCUUGGGAAUCGGAAGAUGAUCUCUCCCCUACUCGACGAUCUGCCCAAGACCACUUCGCGUCGAGUCCCCCAAUUAUCCCGCGUUCGCCCGUGUCGCAGAGUCCCAUUCGCCAGCCUGUGUUCGCCGCCGCUCCUUCCCUGCCACCCCCAGCGGGGCCCGUGCAGAUCUUCGAAGAUGACGAUGCUCGUGAGGAGAACGGCGAUGCAACUCCCACACAGACUAGCCCCUUAGCUGCAGACGAGACCUUUGUCCGCCCUUCGCAGUCUCGCUCCAGCUCUGGCCCAGGAGCGGGAGCCUUGGACGCCAAAGCCAGCAUUGGCCCCUCGUUCGACGAAGAUGGUUUCUCGGAUGGCGAUGAGGAGAAUGAUCCUAUCGUCCACUCCUUUGGUCCCUUCGGCCAAGAUCUGAACUCUCGCCUUGCGUCGUUCUCCACCGCUACGCCUAUUCAGCCUUUGUCUGCUCAUCGCCGACGCUCGAUCUUGCACUCAGCCUCGCCCCGCAAGUCAUUAUCUUCAGAAGCAGCACGUUUCAAAGAAUCUCCGAUCAAAAACCAUAUCAUCAAUCAACUCGCGUAUUCCCGGAUCCACUCGCAGCCUUUAUCGGCCAUCCACAGCAACCUCCCCGCUGAGUUAAAAGCUUGCCAGUCCAAGAAGUCUGAAGACGAAGAGGGUAGCGGCGCAUCCACUCCGGUACCGCAGUUCAGCAAGCAAGAUCUCAAGAGCUUGAUGGAUCGUAUCCCCUGCAUCGGAGAGAUCCCUCGCUCUGGAAAGGACGCUGCCGGCCAGCCUCUGGAGAACGAGUUCUACUACGUUCCCGAGAUGGACGCAAACAUGCUGAGGCGCGAAACCGUCGGCGUGCGUGGUACUGGUCUACGGUCUGUGAGGAAACAGCACAAGCAAUACUACUGGAAGAAGCCCCGCGUUUGA